UUUUUUUUAAAAGCGGAAUGCGUGCUUGAUGUUUCUUAGUGCUGAUGGGGUCUCCAUGUCAAAUGCAAAGCUGAUUGAUGUGUCAUGGCUGAUUCGAGCGGGAAAAGUCGAUCAGUAUUGGCACCUGGAUACGGCGGGAAAAUAUCCAGUCCUUGUAAUCAAAUGACGGGGACAUGGAUGCGAACAUUUGACGUGAAAGAGCCCAUUAGACACAGGAAAGGUUAUACUUUAUACAAAGUCGUGUCCCGCGUAUAUCCAACCAUUGCGCCAGAAGCUGUGACAGAGAUAACGGUUUGGAAAAGAUACAGCGAUUUCAAAAAGCUUCACGCCGACAUUGUCACAUUGCACAAAAAUUUACAUUUGCAAGGGAAGGUCCCAAUUUUCGCGAAGAGGAAAAUAUUCGGAAGAUUCGAAGAUGCUGUUAUUGAAAAUCGUCGGAGAAGUGCCAAGGAACUUCUCGAUUUCAUCGGUCUCCAUCCACCGCUUUUCACCAGCCAACUUUUCGCCCAGUUUUUCGAGGAUGAUGCGAGUGAGAUCCGAUUGCUGGACGAGCGGAAAACGCUGAGAGAAAAACCAUUGAUCCCGUCGCCGCCGGAAAGUGAGUCCGAAGCUACUGCUAGUCAAGAUGGCGAGCAAUUCGUCGUGAUCUCAACCCCGGAAACGUCGGAUGAAGACAGUCCUUGCGUUCCGGAAGACCAAACCUUGUCCAUUUUUCUCACACCGCCAUCUCCAGAACAUGUGAGGAAAAGUGCUCCGAAACCGGAAGAGCCGACGAUGAGAAAGUCGAGCUCGAUUUCCAGUUUCCUCGGCGGAAUCUGGCGCCACUUUCGAGACGACGACACCAUCAGUUUAUCGUCGGACGUGUCGGAUGACGCGUUGACCGUUUCCGCGGAAUUGGCACGGAAUAUCGCCGAAAAGUGCCACGUUGUCGACGGAUCGGAUGAAAAGUCGCCGUCUCAUGUGGUCGUGGAAAAAGGAUCCCAGUCUGGACGUUACAUCGUUUUAGCAGCUGAAGUCGUGGCUUCAGCCCAAGAAGCCGAGUCUCAGGCGGAUUUUCGGUCCGCUUUUGUCAAGUACAAGGCGAGCAUCGGGAUAUUGCUCGAAGGUGUUCAGAACGAUGAUGAUCAUGCUCGAAGAAAUGCCGUGCGGAAGAAGACUGCGAAAUAUUUGGAACGAGCGGAAGCGAUUCAUCGCUGUUAUCUGGCCAAUUCGGAAGAAUUCACCUGGGAUGAUGGAAUCAGCCCAAAUUACUGCGCAAGUAUUUUGCACCUCCAAGUGCCAUUGAUUGAAUUGUCGCGAUACAAAAUCUUGGGUGUGAUUGGAACUGUUCUGCUGGCCCUGGACGCAGUUUUAGGCAGGACUUGCGUCAUCAAGGUGCUGAGAAAAGCGUCCGCCAGUGGUUUAUGGACUUCUGUCGGAAAGAAAACCGUCGUUCCCGAUCAUGUCGCUCACGUCGUGAAGCUUUAUCACUUCCACGAAACUCCGUCUUCAAUUUUUCUCGUGCUGGAAUACGCCACAGGAGGAAAGCUGUGGGACUACUUGGGUAAAUAUUCGGAAAUGAAGAGAAAGACUCUGAGGGCGGAUUCUUUGUUGGAGGGCAGAAGAAACAGUGAUUUCGGUGACCAAGUGCAAACAUCAGCGGCAAGACAAAGCUUGAUCGACGGCAUUCCUGUCUUUGAAGAAUCGUGCAGAACGCGUUACGAGGACCUUUUCCGUCCCGAAACGGGCGACGAGCCUGUCGUGAAUUUGAACGAAGGGCCAGACGACGGCGACGGAGUUUGCAAAGGUGUGUUUCCUGGACGUCCGACUCACCGGCGUAGCAAAAGCAUGGACGUGCGAAUCAUGUCGCCGUCACACAGGGGCCGUCUGGACUCGAGGCACAGUUUCGACGCCGGGGACCACAGCGGCACCAGCUGCAUAGGGUCGGAGCAGAAGGACGAGGUGGAUUGGUCGGACAUCAUGCCGGAGUCGUGCGUGAAGCGAUGGGGGGCAGAGCUGGUCGUCGCCGUCGCCGGGCUGCAUGCAGCAGGCAUUGUGUGCAAGGACCUGCGUCCGGCCAACGUGCUGCUCGGCUCGGGGGGCCAAAUCCUUUUGUCCUACUUCAGCGAGUGGUGCUGCAUUAAUCGCACGCUGCUCCCGCAGCUGGUUGACUCGGGCUACAUGGCCCCAGAAGUGCUGGCCGGCGUGUUGGACGGAUGUGGCCCGAAGGUCUCGCCGACGGCGUGCGAUUGGUGGAGUGUGGGCGUCUUGUUAUACGAGCUGCUCACGUGGCACAAGUUUGUCGACUGCCACGUGGGCUUCUCGGCUCACCAAGUGGUGCUCAGAUUCCCGGAUCAUCUGUCCAAAGAUGCCAGAGAUCUGCUGAGUGAGCUGCUGAGGUUCAAUCCAAAAGAACGUCUGGGCGCAGGAGUUCGUGGCUGGGAAGAAAUCAAAGCACACCCAUUUUUUAAGGGCACUAAUUGGGAUCUUUUAUUGAAGCAAGCGGAUGAUUCUUCGGCUGGACUGCAGCUGACACUUAUUUCCGCAGAUUCGAGAAUUGAAGCAGCGGGAACUUCCAGCAGUCGAAAAUCCUCCGUGAAGAAGAAGAAAAAGAAAUCUAAAGAUGCUACUCCCAAACAUGCCACUUCUUCGAGAAAGAGGAGAAGUGCGGAAGAGGCACACGAAGCGAGAUAUCUUGAUGCCGUGGAGCGAGGGAGUAUUGAUGAUGUGAACGCCUUGCUGGGUGGGAAAAAAAGUAAGGUGCUGACUGCAAGACAAAAGGCCAUGCUCUCGCCUGGCGAUGAUGUUGAAUAUGCCAAUAUCCUUGCCAUGUCAUAUGGGUACCGAGACAGAGCCAUGACGGAGGCAGAAGUCGCUCGAAAAGCUCGAUUGUCAGAAAAACGAAAGGAGGAUCAGAAGAAAAAGCGCGAAGAAGAGAGGAUUCAAACUGUUGAUAGAUUGCUGGGUAAAAAUAUUACGAAGGAGCCAGUGAAGACGAAAUCCAUCACUUCUAUUCCCAAAGGGAAAAAGUCCAAAGGAAGUUCUCCUACUCCACUUGGGCGAGUUUCUUACAAACAUUCUGCAUCUGAUGCCACUAUUUCUGGUCCCGUUGGCUGGGAAUUUCCCAUGAAACCUGCGCCACCGAGAGAAUAUCCCAAGUUUGUCAUUUGUGGAGUGGAAGGCUGCAAAAAUCCAAAAAAGUACAAUUGCGCCCAGACAAACAUGCCGUUGUGCAGCUUGGACUGCUAUCGAACGAAUCUUGUUUCUGCCUGCGACAAUUCUGCUACUGUACUUCAACUUGGAGUGCAACCCGAGAUCGUCAAAGCGGUCGAGGAGAUGGAGUGGAAUUUGCCAACGGAUGUCCAAGCAGAAGCCAUUCCCCUUAUCCUUGGUGGCGGCGAUGUCCUAAUGGCUGCCGAAACUGGCAGUGGCAAGACCGGCGCCUUCUGCAUCCCCAUCAUCCAGAUAGUGUGGGAAACACUACGAGAUCUGCAGUCCGGGAAGGGGAAACGGGGGGACAAAGGCGACAGUAGCGAUCCCGUGGACACGAGCUGUAAACUCAGCUACUUUGACAGGACGAAUGCACUCGCAGUGGCCCCCGACGGACUCAGAUGCCAGGCCAGGGAAUUCAAGGACUGGCACGGAUGUCGAGCCACCAAGGGAGUCAAGGAUUCCGGAAAGUAUUACUUUGAGGCAACUGUGGAGGACGAAGGACUGUGUCGCGUCGGGUGGGCCACGCAGUCAGCAGUCCUGGAUCUUGGCACAGACAAGUACGGCUUCGGGUUUGGAGGCACAGGAAAGAAAUCCAACAACAGAAACUUCGAGGACUAUGGACAACCGUUCGGUCUUCACGACACGAUCGGCUGUUACAUCGACCUCAAGCAAGGUGUGAUCGGCUUUUCCAAGAACGGCGCGGACUUGGGCGUGGCUUUCCACAUCCCGGGCAACAUGUUGCACGAGCCUUUCUACCCGGCUGUUGUGCUGAAAAAUGCCGAAAUGCUGUUCAACUUUGGAGAGACGUCGUUCAAGCAUGCCCCGGGCCCGGACUUCGUGGCAGUCGGGAAAGCUGGCCCUCAGACAGCCGUGAUGAACCGGGUGUCGGGAGACGGUGCUGCCCAUGUGGGACCAGCGAAGCCCGUGCUCAAGAAUGCGCCUCAGGCCAUUAUUAUCGAGCCGUCGAGGGAACUGGCUGACCAGACGUACUCCGAAAUCCGGCGAUUCAAGAAAUACUUGAAUGACCCUAUGCCGAGAGACUUGCUAGUCAUGGGUGGUGUGCCGAUCAAGGACCAGAUCAGCGAUUUGCUCACCGGUGUGGAUCUAGUCGUGGGCACGCCCGGGAGGUUAGAAGAACUGAUCAAUGUGGGUCACUUGGGAUUGACCCAGUGCAGGUUUUUCGUGUUGGACGAAGCUGACGGCCUUCUGAGUCAGGGUUACGGGUCUCUCAUAGACAAGAUUCAUGCUCAAAUCCCGAAAAUCACCGCUGACGGGAGAAGACUUCAGAUGAUUGUUUGCUCCGCAACACUGCAUUCAUUCGAUGUGAAGAAGAUGGCAGACCGUCUGAUGCGUUUCCCGACCUGGGUCGACCUGAAGGGACAAGACUCUGUCCCUGAAACCGUGCAUCAUGUGGUCGUGAACGUGGACCCGAGAAAGGAUCCGAGUUGGAAGGGAUUGCGGCAACACGUGCAGACGGACGGCGUUCAUUCCCAGGACAAUAUCCAGAAUCAGAGCCCGGAGGCAUUAUCGGAAGCCAUCAAGGUGCUCAAGGGGGAAUACUGCGUUCGAGUCAUUAUGGAGCACAAAAUGGAUCGUUGCUUGAUCUUUUGCCGCACGAAGCUGGACUGCGACAAUUUGGAGAACUAUUUUAUAUCCUUGGGAGGUGGCCCGAAUCGGCAGGGACACCAGCUGUCCUGCGUGUGUCUGCACGGGGACCGAAAGCCCGCAGAGCGGAAGGGCAACCUGGAGCGGUUCAAGCGGAACGAGGUGCGUCUGCUGAUCUGCACGGAUGUGGCGGCCCGCGGCCUGGACGUGCGAGGCCUGCCUUUUGUCGUGAACGUGACUCUGCCGGACGAGAAGAGCAACUACGUGCACCGGAUCGGACGCGUCGGCAGGGCGGAGCGAAUGGGGUUGGCCGUGUCCCUCGUGGCCAGCGGUCCAGAGAAGGUGUGGUUCCACGGCGAGUGGUGUCCCAGUCGUGGCCGGGGCUGUCGCAACACGAAGCUAACUACCGAGCGCGGAUGCUGCAUCUGGUAUGACGAGCCGAACUUGUUGGCCGAAAUAGAAGAGCAUCUGGGUGUGACGAUCCCGCAAGUGGGCGCUGACAUGAAAGUGCCUCACGACGAGUUCGACGGGAAAGUAACGUACGGCCAGAAGCGGUCCGGAACGCAGACAGGCUACGAGGGCCACGUGGCCCAAAUGGCCGACACCGUCAAGAACCUAGCAGACCUUGAAUGCCGGGCCCAGCUCACGUUCCUCAAACGAAACUACGUUGAAGGCGGUUCUUGGAUGCUCGCGUCGUGAUGAUUGUUGUUGGGCGGCAGGCAAGGCGCCGGCUGAGGACUUGAGGGAAGGGAAAGGGCGGCCGAGGAGAAUAAUAAAGGAAAACCCGACCUUUUUUGCGUGUGUAAAA